UCAAUUGCCGUGCCGUGAACUCCUUGUCCGCCACUAAAUUGGUUAUUGGUCAUUGCACGGCACAUGGCAAGAGACAUAGACUAUCUUGACAACAACCACUCGUUAUCAAUUUAUCGAGUUUUCAAGCUCGCUUACCUAGUAUACAAAGAUCUUUGCGAUGAUGAUGCUUCCCGUUAACGAUUCGGGCAUCAUGUAGCUCAAAUCAUCAUGGCCGAAUCCUCAAUUCGGUCAUGAGACAAGGAGAACAUCGCAAUCCGCGAUACAGAUGUAGCAUGGCCAACUCCUUCGCAGAACCGCAGGUGCGAGGAGGUGCCACUUUGGGAAAUUACCCAUUCCUUCCUUCCGACAAGUCCGUUGCCAGAGACACAUAUAUCCCAGAUGCUGCAUGAACAUACCCCCAAGUGUCAUGAGAUUGUAGUGGACGAAUGGUACACAGGUAAGUUCUGUUCCAAGCCAAGUCGUCAUGGGCCAAAGGGCAUCCUUGGUUGUUGAAGUCGAGAUCGAUGCUUCAGUUGAGGUCGUCAAAUCACUUUUCAAAGACUUUCCUCGUUUCCCAGAAUGGAGCAGCUGGUCCAUCGAACCAGUGACUUCAUCCAAAAAGAUCGAUGACUUGAUGCCCAUGGAAAAGAUGAGGGUCGACGUCAAAGACGCCAAGCUCACAGCCACUCUCAUCAGAAACGGCCCUGAUGUUUUCGAGUGGGAAGGCGGUUUGUGGCCGCUUGUCACGGGUCGUCAUGAGUUCAGCUGGAGGGCAAGCACAAAGGCUCCUGGGGGGACGACGUUUACGCAGAGGGAGAACUGGCACGGAUUCAUUGUCUUUCUUUGGAAGCCGGGCUGGAUUAUAGGAAGAAGUGCGAAGAGAAACUUUGAAGCGUUUAGUGCAGAGGUGAAGACGGAGGCGGAAAGGAGAGCAGCGGCGAUGCAGUAAAUCCGGCCAGGAUUGUUAUGUUCACGGAUCAAGUUCUAUCGUAUAGAGAGUUUAGUUGAACUUUUUGAAACUUUUCGCUAGAUUUCGGUCAACCGCU